AUGCUCAAUUACGGGACGUGCUCUAGUACAAGUGACACUGAUGACCAGCCACUACAGCCCCAUCAGCAAGCUGACAAACCUUGGAGGAUUGUCGGCCCUACCCCAGAGCAAUGGACCAACAUCAAGGACAUAUUCACACAGCUAUAUCUCGUAGAGAACCGCAAGCUGAAAGAUGUGAGGCAAAUCCUGUCCCAAAUGCAUGGAUUCAACGCCAGCGAGAAAAUGUACAAGAGGCGAAUUACCGAGUGGAAAAUCCGCAAGAACUAUAAGGCCAAGGACAAAGAAAUCCUCGCGAAACGUGUAAAGGCUUAUGUGGAUGCCGGAUAUGAUGUUCAAUCAAUGUCAUUCCAUGGCAGACCCGUCAAAUUGGAUCGUGUCAAGCGCCAUUACCGGACCGACAAGAGAUUCAACCAAUUGUGGGAGCGUCUAUCUCAGAGCCCAGAGGACAUCUUGAUCGGAGACGUUGCCAUCAAACAAGAUUCGCCUUCCGCUGCGACAACCAGAUUAACACCUGUUCCAAAUUUUAGCUCGACCCUCGGUCAAUGGAGCUCAUCUGUGGAAGCCGGCACCGUGCCUGAGAUGGGCAAUCUCACUACUAAUGUCAGACCACCCGCCGAGAUGUAUAACAUCGAGGCCACUCUAUUCCACACUUACGAGGCUGUUAGAUGGCAAUUCACCGCUUUCACACCCCUUAAGUUGAGGGAUCUCCCAGUCCGUUUCCCGGAUUCGAUCCCAAGCGAGGUUCUUGCAGGUCGAGUUGAUCAGGUGUCGGCUUUCUGGCUGGCAUUGGAUCAUGGAUUCAAAUACCUCAAGACAGGAAGAUCCAAAGACGCAUGGAGAAGUUUCGACGAAAGCUGCAAAAUGGUCCAACCCUUGAUUGUCUCGGCACCUCUUCAACUGCUCUCAUGUCUUCUUCUGCAUUUUGCCACUGCAUGGCAAGGCUUAAAUGAGUUAGAACAACAUUUGCUGAAAUUCACCGCUUCAAUGACCAGCAACGUCCUCGGGCCCAGCCAUCCGCUUGCUCAGGCAUUGAAAAUGAUCGCCGCAGGAGAUGUGCGGGACCAGGCAGUCGAACCUAUGAUGAACCUCGUGCUGGAAGGGUACUACGCCCGUCGCAAGCCUAACAAUUCAUCCUUGUUCGCCCUGCGCGUCGACCAAAUCGACAUGCUACGCAAACGCCAAAAAUUCGACCAAGCUCGUGCACUCUGUGCACAACUGAUCCAAGACAGUCAAUCUAUGCGAAGAAAGCGGUACAGAACGGCUUUGGCAGCCCUAGGCCGGCUUUACGAGGAUCAAAAUGAAGAAUUUGCAGUUGAGGGCAUUGCACACCGGAUCUUAGACGACGAAGCAUCAGACAGGGGAUCAUCCAACUCAGGCGGAACGACGACUUGGGCGUGUGAUCAGCUGGCGUCGUUGUGUAUGAAUCGCGGCGAUUAUCUGCUGGCUGAGUCAUAUCUGCGGCGUGCAACUUGUAUCUCAUACCAACGAUAUGCGCAUCGAGGACCCUCGUUGCAAUCAUUGGUGAAGAAAUUGGAGUCAUGCAUGCAUCAGCAAGGCAAGAAUGUCGACAUAUAUAAAGUUUGUGAGGAAAUGGGGAUUCAGACAACAUCCAUCAGACACUGA